CACCUUUCAGGGCAAGUGGAGCUGAAGAUGGCAAAAGGCGAUAAUGGAGUGCGCUUUUUCCAAGGCCUACUAAUUCUCGGCAAUGUGAUUAUUGGGAUGUGUGGCAUUGCACUGACGGCAGAGUGCAUCUUCUUCGUGUCGGAUCAGCAGACUCUGUACCCUCUGCUGGAAGCCACCAAUAAUGAUGACAUCUAUGGUGCAGCCUGGAUUGGCAUCUUCGUUGGCUUUGCUCUCUUUAAUCUGUCUGUCCUGGGCAUCAUUGGAGUCAUUAAGUCACACCGCACAAUGCUGCUGGUGUAUAUCAUUCUGAUGUUGGUCACAUAUGGAUUUGAAGUGGCUUCUUGCAUCACAGCAGCAACUCAUCGAGAUUUUUUCACACCCAAUCUCUUCCUGAAGCAAAUGUUGGAAAAGUAUCAGAACCCAGAGCCAGCCAACAAUGAUGAUAAGUGGAUGAGUGAAGGUGUCACCAGGACAUGGGACCGCCUCAUGCUACAGAAUCAGUGCUGUGGGGUGAAUGGCCCCUCUGACUGGCAGAACUACGUGUCUGUGUUCAGGAGCAGGAACAGUGACUCAGAGUUCCCUUGGCCACGCCAGUGCUGUGUCAUGGAUGUCCAAGGAAUUCCAAUCAACUUGGAUGGCUGCAAACUGGGUGUCUCCGGCUACUAUAAUAAUAAGGGUUGCUAUGACAUUAUCUCUGGUCCAAUGAACAGACAUGCUUGGGGUGUUGCCUGGUUUGGCUUUGCCAUUCUCUGCUGGACUUUCUGGGUUCUUAUCUGCACCAUGUUCUAUUGGAGCAGAAUUGAAUACUGAGGAUCCAGUGGCCUCCCAACAACCCCUCUGAAGUCUUGGUGCAUGAAACUGCAUUCGUUCAUCUGUACUAUUCCUCUUGUGCUAAGGAGGAUUUGAGGCUCUCCCAGUGCCCCCAUUAUCAUCCCACUCUCCAUCUCCCUGAAAACCAGACAGACUGGUACACUGAGCUGAUCCUUCCAAGAAAGAACAUGCCUUCCUUUAGCCUCACUGGAGUUCUGUAGCUUUUAUGCCUAUUAACGGACCCAAAUCCUUCACUGUUCUGAAGACUACUUGAGUCUGAGAGAUGCUCUGAUUAUUCCAGAGAUGGCCUUGAAAAGGGAAAUGGCCCAUAAAUGUACUUGCUCCAGAAAACAAUUUCUUUAAACUAGGGCUAAUGUAAAUGAUACCAGAACAAAUCUGAUGCACAAGGCUGUUGGUGUAUAUAGUAUAUGUGAGAGAUGCUGUCACCACACCAGAGAGCCUUCCUCCUUGCAAGGAAGAGGAAAAUUAGACAUGUAACUACAGGAAUUGCCAAGUUUAUUUAACAUUCAUAUUGAGUUCUGGCCUCUAUUAAAGAUAUCCGUCCUCUAAGAAGGAGGCAGACUCUCUUUUCUACCCUCUGCCAUACCUAACUUCCCAGUCUUAAAAGCUAAAAGCAGGUUACUAGUCAACCC